UCACAAAUUAACCACACACACAUAGAGAGCAAGAGCAAGAGACAGAGAGAGAAAGAGUGAGAGAAUGGAAGUAAGGCGCGAAGAAGAUGAUAUAAUAGAACUUUACAAUGCAUCAAUGAGUGGGUCUACAACCACAUUGUAUAGGUUGAUCCAUAACGACCCACACUUGCUUAGUAAAAUUUCACUGACUUCUUUCAGUGAAACUCCAUUACACAUAUCAGCUUUAGUUGGGCAGCUUGAUUUCAGUAAAGCUCUUUUACUUCAAAAACCCCAGCUCGCUGUCGAGUUGGACUCUCACAAACGAUGCCCCCUCCACUUGGCUUCUGCCGAGGGCCAUAUAGACAUCGUUCGAGCACUAUUACAUGCAAAUAGCAAUGCAUGCUUAAUUCGUGAUCAAGAUGGGAGAAUUCCUCUCCACUACGCAGCCAUAAGAGGGCGGGUUGAGGUUGUGAAGGAGUUAAUUAUUACACGGCCUGAUUCAACACAAGUUAUGCUUGAUGGGGGAGAGACUGUUUUACACUUAUGUGUCAAACACAACCAAUUGGAGGCUUUGAAACUGUUGGUAAAAUCUUUGAGUGAUGAAGGGGACUUUCUCAAUUCAAAAGACCAUGAUGGUGGCAACACCAUCUUGCAUUUAGCUGUGAUGCUAAAGCAAGUUGUGACAAUAAAAUACUUGCUUUUGGUGCCUAAAGUGAAAGAAGCAGUGGAUUUCCUGAACAACAUGGGUUUUACAGCCUUGGAAAUGUUGGAGAACUGUCCAAAAGAUUUCAAAAGUUUCACCAUUCGAAACAUUUUAAUGGAUGCUGGUGCUAGUAUUAAAAGAGUGAAUAAUCCCUCACCACCGUUGGCAAUUGCUGUUGGUCACAGUGAAUCAGUGGAACUAGAACAGUCAAGCAAGAAAGGGAGGAAGAAUUGGUUAGAGUACUUGAAAUACAAGGGUGAUUGGGUCGAAGAAAAUCAUGGUUCAAUAAUGGUGGUGUCUACUGUGAUUACAACUAUCACUUUCCAACAGACAAUCAGCCCGCCAGGAGGUCUUUGGCAAGAAAAUGUAAUUGAUACUAUGCAAGGUUUUAGAUGCAGCUCAAACACACCAUGUCUAGCUGGAAAGGCUGUGUUAGCCGAUGCUGUUGAUUACCGGAGCUACUUGAAUUUCAUGAUUUGCAACACACUCUCUUUCGUUGCAUCACUCGGUGUCACCUUCUUGCUCAUCAGUGGAUUCCCAAUCAAGCACAGAGUUUGUAUGUGCCUCUUGACAAUUUCUCUAUGUUCGACUCUCACAUUUCUGGCCGCUACCUAUUUAAUCGCAUUCUACAUGGUGACCCCAGAUUUCCUGAUGUAUGAUUCGCCCAAGCAUACAUCUUUCAUGGACGUUUGUAUUCUGGGUAGUGUGAUUAUUGUGGUUUCUAUGGUUCUUCUGGUUCACUCAAUUCGCUUUCUCGCUUGGCUGGUAAGAGUGAUAAAAAAUCCGAAAAAAGGCUCUGGACCAUCGCGUAUCUAAGAUUGGGAGUGCAAUUUGUUAGCAGUUGGAACUUUUAAUUUUCUUUCAAUGAAAAUAGACAUGCAUGGCAGGUUGUGUGGACUUUUCAAUGAGCAACAAUCCCAGAUAAUGUUUAUAAUAAUAAUGUAUUGGCUACUCUUCAAGUUA